AUGCGGAGCGCACCCACGCUCAACGAGGGGCUCCCCCCGAAACGCGAAGCGAAGCGCCAGGGCCAGAAGGGAGCUGCUGAGAGUUCUGAUGACCUGUCCAUCAAGUCGGAGAGCAUUCUGACCUGGGAGAACCUCACUUACGAUGUCCCUGUCCCUGGUGGCGACCGGAGACUUCUGAACAACGUGUUCGGCUACGUCAAGCCCGGUCAGCUGACCGCUCUCAUGGGCGCGUCUGGUGCCGGCAAGACGACUCUUCUCGACGUGCUCGCUUCGCGCAAGAACAUCGGUGUCAUUGGCGGGGACGUUCUCGUCGACGGCUCCAAGCCGGGCAAGCAGUUCCAGCGCAGCACCUCGUAUGCCGAGCAGCUUGAUCUUCACGACCCGUCCCAGACUGUCCGUGAGGCCCUUCGGUUCUCGGCCCAGCUUCGCCAGCCCUAUGAGACGCCCCAAGAAGAGCGGUUCACCUAUGUUGAAGAGAUCAUCGCCCUUCUGGAGAUGGAGACGAUCGCUGACUGCAUCAUUGGUACCCCCGAGUUCGGUCUUACUGUCGAGCAGCGCAAGCGCGUCACCAUUGGUGUCGAGCUCGCCGCCAAGCCCGAGUUGCUUCUCUUCCUCGACGAGCCUACGUCGGGCCUUGACUCGCAGAGCGCCUACAACAUUGUGCGCUUCCUGAAGAAGCUCGCCUCUGCCGGCCAAGCCAUUCUCUGCACCAUCCACCAGCCCAACGCCGCGCUCUUUGAGAACUUUGACCGCUUGCUGCUUCUGCAGCGCGGUGGCCGCACUGUCUACUUUGGCGACAUUGGCCGUGACGCCGAGGUCCUUCGUUCGUACCUCAAGAGCCACGGUGCCGUGGCCAAGCCCACUGACAACGUCGCCGAGUUCAUGCUCGAGGCCAUCGGUGCCGGUUCGGCGCCGCGUGUUGGCUCUCGCGACUGGGCCGAUAUCUGGGAGGACAGCGCCGAGCUCGCCAACGUCAAGGACACCAUCUCGCAGAUGCGCAGCUCCCGACAGGCGGCAGCCAGGGAGCAUAACGCUGACCUCGAGAAGGAGUACGCCAGCCCGCAGCUGCACCAGCUCAAGAUUGUCAUUCACCGCAUGAACCUCUCUUUCUGGCGCAGCCCCAACUACAUCUUCACCCGUCUCUUCAAUCACGUUGUCGUCGCGCUGCUCACUGGUCUGACGUACCUCGACCUCGACAACUCGCGCUCCAGCCUGCAGUACAAGGUCUUCGUCAUGUUCCAGGUCACGGUUCUUCCUGCUUUGAUCAUUUCGCAGGUCGAGGUCAUGUAUCACAUUAAGCGCGCCAUCUUCUUCCGUGAGAGCAGCUCCAAGAUGUACAACCCGACUACAUUCGCCGCGAGCAUCGUCCUCGCCGAGAUGCCCUACAGCAUCAUGUGCGCCGUCGCCUUCUUCGUUUUGAUCUACUUCCUGCCCGGAUUCCAAGUCGAGCCUUCGCGUGCCGGCUACCAGUUCCUCAUGAUCCUCAUCACCGAGCUCUUCUCCGUCACGCUCGGCCAGAUGCUCGCGUCUCUGACCCCUUCAGCCUUCAUCUCGUCGCAGUUCGACCCCUUCAUCAUGAUCACCUUUGCUCUGUUCUGCGGUGUCGCUGUCCCGCCCCCGCAGAUGCCCGCCUUCUGGCGCGCCUGGCUGUACCAGCUCGACCCCUUCACGCGCCUCAUCGGCGGCAUGGUCACGACGGCCCUGCACGAGCUCGAGGUCGUUUGCAAGGGCGUCGAGCUCAACCCGUUCAAUGCGCCCAGCGGCCAAAACUGUGGCGAGUACAUGUCCGACUUUUUCGCCAACGGCGGCGCGGGCUACAUUGUCGACAACUCGACAUCGGAGUGUCAGUACUGCGCGUUUGAGGUUGGUGAUGAGUUCUACACGCCACUCGGAUUUGGUUUCGACAAGCGGUGGAGGGACAUGGGCAUCUUCCUGGCGUUCUUUGCGAGCAACAUCGUGAUUAUAUUCCUUGGUGCUCGAUUCUUGAACUUUAACAGGCGGUAA